AUGGCACAAAGCUUGGAUUUAUUCGAAGGAUUACGCGACUAUCCUUUCAUUCAGGACCCGGAAUUCGCAAAUGGCCUAGCGAUUAUCCUUGGGCACCCCGGCACGCCAGCCACGGAGGCGGAGAUGAAUCGAGAAGAUGACCUUGUUCUACAAGCUAAAUGUUUCUUCUUUUCACGAAAAGAAAAUCUCACCACACCCAUCGAUUUCGCAGCCUACAAGUCAUGGCUAGUUGAGCCAUCAGCGAGCGAACCUACCGAUUCAAACAGCAUGACAAAUUCGUCGGAUACACCCCCAGCUGCCACUCAAUCAUCAACUGGUAGUGAACCUGUAUAUCCAACCUCCUUUGCUCAUAUUGUCGAACUUAUCACUACUGGACAACCAAUACCGGGGAUUGAACAGAUCCCUGAUACAGUCUUGACCGGACACGACAUCACAAGUGAGAAACCUCGGCGACGUAAGCCUUGGGAGAACGAUACAGCGGUGGAAGUACAGAAUGAGACAACAGCCAGUGCACCUUGA